GCCAACGGGCCGACGUUUUACCCAUCGGUGGACCAAAUCUGCGAUGGAUCCCGCCUCCAAUUUCGCCUUGACCUACCUAAUAUCUUCGUCGAAAUUCUAGAGCUUUCGGCUGCGUCUUCAACCUUCUCGCCUUGUUUGGCCCCGAGCCCUGCUAGGCCAAUGCUGACUUCUCCUCUUCGCCUUCACCUCCGACCCGCCGUCUGCUAUGGUUACAGACUGACCCCGUAGUCAACCUUGCCCGUCCAUCUGUCAUCUCUUCCGACCGUAUCCGGAUAUCGUGCGAACCUUAGCUCCAGUCCUUCUUCCACCAUGGUCCUCCACAACCCGAACAACUGGCAUUGGGUCAGCAAGAAUGCUGGAGACUGGACCAAGCAGUGGUUCGAGGAGAAUCUGACCCAGAUCUCGGCCGAAGAUGGAGAGGUCACCGCCAAGAUUACCAAGGUUGUCAGCAUGGACGGCGAUGUUGACGUGAGCCAACGCAAGGGCAAGGUCAUCACCAUAUAUGACGUGAAGCUCGUCCUAGAGUAUUCCGGAACUGCUCCCGGAGAGGAGGAUGUCUCGGGCACCAUCACCGUGCCGGAGAUUGCCCACGAUACUGAGCAAGAUGAAUAUGUCUUUGACAUCGACAUCUACUCUGAGUCGAAGGAAAAGCAGCCAGUGAAGGAUUUGGUCCGAUCCAAAAUCACACCCCAGUUGCGAAGUGAGUUUUCGAAACUCAUCCCAGCUCUGAUCGCCGAACAUGGCAAGGAUAUCCAACACGCUGCCGGCACCAAUCCCUCCAGCGGGUUUACCACGCCCAAAUACCACACGCCUACGAGCAACCCCACACCUACCGCCGCUACCGAGACCAGCACUCAAAAGAAUAAUGGCAGCGCUGUCAACACAACAACGGUGACGGAUCAGGAGGAGUUCAGGACUACCGCGGCCGAGUUGUACCAGACGUUCACCGAUCCGCAACGACUGGCGGCCUUCACCCGGGCCCCGCCGAAGAGGUUCGACGGCGCCCAAAAGGGAGGCAAGUUCGAGUUGUUUGGCGGUAACAUUUCCGGCGAGUAUGAGGAGCUCGAGGAGCCCACCAAGAUCGUGCAGACCUGGAGAUUAAACCAAUGGCCCGAAGGCCAUUACUCGAAGCAGCUGAUCGAGUUCGACCAGAACGACGUAGACAGCGUAACCGUGAUGCGUGUAACCUGGACGGGUGUCCCCGUCGGCCAGGAAGAGGUUAUCAAACGCAAUUGGGACGAGUAUUAUGUGCGAAGCAUAAAGAAAACGUUUGGGUAAGUUAUCGUCGUUAUCGUCGUCGUCAUCAUCUGUCUAGGCCCUUUUAUAAGCUAACAAGAGAUAGUUUCGGGACAAUCCUAUGACCG